CUCACCGAACCAGCAACAAUCGCGAAUACUCAAGCUUCUUCCCUUCAAUCACUUACUUUUUCUUAGCAUCAAACAGCAUCGGAGCAAUGUGCAGAGCCUACAGUCGAUCCGACUAUGCCUUGCUAUUCUUCAUCGUCUGCGCUUACUCUGCUUUUCUCUUGUUAGAUCGCUGUUCUUUGGCGUACCAGAAAUUGCCUCCUCACGAGAAAUCGAUCAAGAAGAAUUUAUUGAAAUUCGCCAUUUGGUUCUUGUUUUCUUCGAUUAUGUUCGGAGUCGUGUUCCAAUUCGGACCCUAUUUUCCUCAUUCAGGGUAUGGAUUGUCUCUCUUCUUUGUUGCGACGAUUGGCAGUGCUUUUCUUUUCUAUGUCUAUAUGAUUUUUGAUGGGACGAGUGGUUGCGAUGAGUGUGAACGAGAGGAGAAGAGAAAAUUCUCAGACUCUGUCGAGAAAGUGAAUGAAAGCAAAUUCGAGCGCUGUGAUUCUGUUCUGGAGAAGGUUAAUUUUCCUGGAAAAUAAAAACAAAGGAUUUGCUUGAAUUUUCUCUUGUAGUUUGAGAUUGCUGAAUAACCCUAAUUUCUUGUGCCCAGUAAUGCUAUUGUGUGUGUGUGAUCAUAUUGCUUUUGGAGUGUAGAUUGUGAGAGUGAAUUACAAAUAAAUAAUAUUAGUGUGGUUGGUUUUAACUUUUUGAA